ACUUAAAAAAGACCAAAAUUUAUUUGGGGUGGCGGUUAUUUUCCAACUUAACACCAAUUAUACAUACAUACACAUACAAAAUUUCAAUCUUAGCCUUUUUCAUUUCUGUUUUUGUUUUUAAUUUGUUCAAUCGUUUUAAAAAUCUGUUCGUUAGAACACCUAAUUUAAUUACCCAAGACUUUUUAGCAAUUAUGGAUGAUUCUACCUACUCAUCUACUUCAACAAAUUCUCUUCCAGGAGCCUGCCAUCUUUGCAGCAAAAUAUUUAAAAAUGUGGAAUUACGAAAUCGUCAUAUCAAAAGAAUACACAAAACAGAUGUUCCGCCUAGGGCUAACAACAAAAUGAAUCAAAAUCGCAUCAUUUGUCCGUUAUGUGAUCAAGAAACUAAUUUUGAAAGUCAUGAGAAAUUACGAAAACAUCUCCAGGACUGCCACCAGGUGAGUAUUGAACUAAUAACUUUUGAAUUUUCUAGCAAACAAGAAUAUGAGACAUGGAAAGAUAUGCACAAAAUUGAGACAAGUUAUGCAUGUAGUAGAACAAUCCGUGGAAAGGAACAUAAGAUAAUGUACUAUGAUUGCAAUAGAAGUGACAUACAUGGAUAUAAGCCCAACUAUAAAAUUAGGACAGAGAAAUCUGGUGGAUCAAUUAGAAUAAAAGGAGUGUGCCCUUCCAGACUGGCUUGCAAACUGAGAGACCAAGGACAAGUUUCUGUCAGUUAUUGGAAAACACAUGUUGGACAUAAAGAAGAAUUAAGAACAAUGCAUCUGUCAAAAGCAGAAGAAAAAACGGUUGUAGAAAAAUUAAUGGCUGGGGUGCCACCCAGUAGAAUUUUAAAAGAUUCAAGAAAAUUGGAAGUGCCACAAUUAGAUAGACUUGCUGUGAUAACAAGUCAGGAUCUCACAAAUUUGUGCAGAAAGUAUAAUAUACACAAGAAACGAGAUCAAAAUGAUAUGGUAGCAGCAGCCCGAAAUGUUCAAGAAUGUAAUGCUAACAACAAGAAUUAUGCUUUCUUAUUCAAGAAGGAAGAUGAUGCUGCAAGGUGUUUGGGGGAAAUGCCAAUUGUCAAAUCAAGGCACGAGGAGGAAAUUAAUGAAUUUCUCAGAGGGAACCUAGAACAGACAAAUGUGACCCAGAAAAAAACCAAAUUAAGUCUUCAAAAAGAAUUUUUGCAUAAUAAUGUUGAUAGUCUCAUGGACGAAUUAGACUCCCAAACUCGUACUGAAUUUAUGAGGGUGGUGCAAGGAAUCCUUGAAACAUUUCGUAAAAAGGCAAAGAAUAUUACAAAGAAGCGGAAAUUGGAGAAUCAGGAGUGUAUUCCUUGCAAAAAAAAGAACUGAUUGAAUAUUUUUGAUUAACAAUUUUUGUAGUUUACAUGUAUUUUUGUUUUGUACCUGUAUUGGGUUUUUAUUAUAGUUAUUUACAAGAACGUUACUUAAUUUAACAUAAUAGAUUUUACUUGAUUAGUAAUAAAUGUGAAAUUUCUUAUAAGGUAAUUUACUAUUCUAAUUGGGAAAUAAGCAACAAUUUAACUUGAAAAAUGAUUUUAUUGAUGUUUCGACUUCCACUUCGUCACGAACGUCGCACAUACAUUGAUUUGAUGGAUUUAUGUGGCCAAAAUUAUUUUACAUCAUAUUUCUACUAAAACUGGUACAAAUCAAAGAAAAUAUUGUUUUUUUUUAAAUUAACUUAUAUUUUUCUUAUAAAAAAUUAAAAUGAAUACAAAAUAA